CAUGAAUUGUGCAGAAGAGGGCACAUUUGCAAAUCUAUUGAGGCAUACUUUCUAUAGUCUGGAACUGAGUAAGAAAAUAAUUGUUGCUAUUUUUGCCUUAUUUCAGAAUGAAACAUGGGAAAAGCCAGAGGCAAAAGCAAGCACUUUCGGUGUGAAAGGCAGAAAGUGACGGCAAGGACUGUGAUCUUUGACGACAGUCCAGCUCCAAAGAGAUCCGUGACACGUGUCCCCAUACCAUUUGACAGUACACAUACAUUGCCCCAACAUCCUUGUCCCAGCACAGCAGCAGCUGCUGUUGACACCUUAUUCCCAUCACAAGAUGAACCGGAGCUAGCCCCGCCACAAACUCGCACUACAUAUUCAAAACAGAAGAUAGCUACGCAGGAAUCCUGGAACAAUGUCAGAGACGACCUGUUCAACACAAGUGUUGAGAUGGCAGUGCCCAUCUCCUACACUUGCACCAUCUGUCGAAUGGAAGAGGAGUGCCUGAUAUUCCGGUGUAGGGAGUGUGGACCUGCAGCCAUGUUCUGCAUCGAGUGCCUGCGGAAGCAACAUGAAAAACUGAACUCCUUCCAUAUGCCGGAUAAGUGGGAGGGGAGCUACUUCCGUCCAUACCAACUCCACCACACCAUGCAGUUACCUCAUCAUGCUUCCUGUACAACAAGGCUACGCAUCAAGUCACUGAGGAUAUUUGAUCAAGCAGGUCGCCUUCAGGACAUAGAAGUGACGCUUUGCAGUUGUGAACCUGCCAGUUGCACACUCCUUCGAUAUGGAUUGUGGGCAUCAACUGUCACAGACCCACAGACUGCAUUUUCUACAUCACUACUGGAGUGGGUAGUAAUGUUGACCCUGGAGUCCCAGGUGUCGGUGGAGGCAUUCUGUAGGGUUGUCCGGUAUAAAAACCAGCUUUCCUACACUGAGAUGAAAGCACUGUACAGGGCACUCAUUGGGCAACCCAUUACAGAGUUUCGCCAUCUACAGUACAGACUGAGAACAAUGAAAGACCUUUGUCCUUCACUGGAUAAUGGAACAGCCUGUCCUGCAUGUCCAAAGGCAGAGGGCACCCAAAUCAUCUCUCUAGAUGGAAAUUUUGGCCUCGUAAGAAAGAAAUCAUCUGGGACCAGUUCUGAGCCACCCCUGCAUGGGACCUCUGUCUUCCUUGAUGAUGAUGCUGUCCAGGACUAUAUGGCAUCAUAUGAUGAUACAAGUAAACCAGAUAAGGAUUGCAGCAAUUUUAAAGCUGGUAACUCACUACGAUCCCAGGCCAAGCAGAAGAAACUGGACAUACAGGGUGUAUUCGGGAGUGUGUGUCGGCAUGAGGUGCCAAGACGUUUUCUGAACAUGACACAUGGAGAACGGUUGGGGUACCCUGUCUACAUGAUACAGAAGCUUCUGUCAGAUGUGGAAGGGUCAAAGGAUGUGAAGCUCAAAAUCGUCUAUGAUAUCUCGUGCAUUCUUGUCGCACAUCUCAAGAAGAAGCAAGGUGGUCCUCAGAUGCUGGCACAAAUCGACAUUGCGCUGGAUGUGUUCCAUGCAUAUGGACACAAAACUGCAUGCCAGCUUAAGUACAGCACCAGAAGACGCCCUGGGUAUGGCCUGACGGAUGGGGAGUCCGUGGAGAGAAUGUGGGCAUUUCUCCGAAAAUUCUCCAGAACCACAAAGGAGAUGACUCCGUCUCGACGCAUUGACCUGCUGACAGAUGCCAUCUUCCACUACACAAUGCGGAAAACUCUAGAUAUCGAUGUGGCUCUUGUGACGAAACUGGAAAAUGCAAAGAAGGCCAGCAGUGUUGCAGAGGAAGGGCUGAAAGCAGUCAUGAAUGAAGCAAAUGUGUCUGUAGAUGACAUCAAAGCAUGGUCACAGAGGGAAAGGGAGGCCAUUUUAAUGGAGAAUCCCGUCGCAUCUACAUUUGCGAAGUGGAAGAAAGAAUACGCACAAAAGCUGCACCAGCUGAAGACACUUCGACAGAAGAUACAAGAAAGCCAGGAUGAAGAUGAUGCAGCUGUGUAUCGGGCGUCUUAUGUGAAGCUGGAUAAUGAAGUGGCAGGGUUGGAGAGGAAGCAUAAGAUAAAGCAACGAUGGACACCCUCCAGCCCAGACUUUGUGGCAGUCAUGAAGGAGGUGGACAUGACUGUGAGGACCACCCUCCUUUCUAAAAUGAGGGUUCUUGCAUAUGAACGCUCAUUCCUAAUGUCCCUCAAGAAGAAGUAUCCAGAUGGUCAAGCCAUAGCUAUCAAGCUAACCAAGCAGCUGAAGACGACCAACACCAAACUACAGAAGACGAUUACCUCCUACAACGAAGUAAAGUGGGAGCCUAUGACUUCGGAUUUUCCAGCAGCAGUGGAGUUCCGGGAAGCGACAGAUCCCUCUUGGCAGCACUAUUCAUGCCUUGAACCAACAGUUUCGGAGCCAGGCGUGCCACGCAGCUUGCAGCGAAAAGCGAUUGAACACCUCAAUCUCCUACAUCGUGCUAGAGAGGAGAAGGAAAUGGUGGAACAGGAGAUGAAGGAAGUAUUUUACCAUUUCCAGAAUGAGAGGGACCUAGCAGAGCUUGCAGUCACCCAGUUUGAUGAGAAUGAAGCUGGGAAGAGAGCAGCUCUAACAACACACAUUGUUAGUCUUGACCAACGGUUAGAGUCAAUGUACAACUAUUUUCAAGAACGUGUACCAUAUUUGGACUUGCCCAUUGUACAGUCAUCCUAUCUAACAAUGUUUCCGUUCCGUAACCCAGAAAAGCGUGAAACGUGUGAAGAUGAAGAUGAACUACUAUGUGCAAGUGAUGAGGAGAGAGUUUCAGAUUGUGAAAGUCUGAGUGAUGAUGACAAUAAUGUAGAUGAAUGAAUAUGUAGGCUGUAAUUACGUAGUGCUUGUGUGAGACAUUGAUAUCCUGGGCAACGCAACAAUCUUCCUUGCAGAUGAAUGAUAGUAAGUGUCUUAAGGUAUGGAUUUUUGGUAGUCUUAAGAAAAUAGUAAAAAUUGCAUGUAUACUGGCACUGGAGCUGCUAUGUAGAAAAGUAACUGCCAGCCUGUCUGACACUACCAGGCAUAGCUUGGCAGGACAGUGUGUUUAUUACAUUAUAUUCUGGCUUAGGUGAGGCUUACUUCUUCAUGUACAACUUUAUGCAAUAUCUGUUGUCCAUAUGUUUUGAAUACAAACUUGUCUUGGUUAUUUACUCUCAUACUAUAUACCAGCCUAAGCUAGUGGUUCACGUUUGCCAAAUUAUUGAGUGCUUUAACAUGAUUACUGAAAAGUAGAUGAUAAUGGUAAAAUCAAAAGUUCAGUUAUCAAUGAAUAUUACAUUUUGGCCAAAAAUAUAAAUGCAUUACUUGACACGAUAUGUAAGAAUGUAUCCUUGAACAAGAGAAAGUGAUAAAACUGUCCAUUGUGCUUGAUAUAUUCAUAUGUAACAUGUGUUUUUAUCUUCCUUGUACCUGGGGGGUAAUGUAGCAAGCAAACAUGGACAACUGAAGAUGACAGUUUGUUGCAUCUUUUUUGCAGUUUUGUUGCAAAUAUGUCCCUUAUCUUUAUGUCUGUUACCCCCUGUUGAAGAUUACAAUAAAAGUAGAUGUCAAUACAU